CACCAGGGUCCAAGGAACGGGUGUCAUCUAGUCACUGUUUUCACUGAGCUAACAAUGUUAUUGCAUCGCACCCAAUCGAACCAAUCGACGUACAAACUCUGUACAAUAACGAAGAAAAAAAGCACACACACAAAAUCAACCAAACAACCCGGUUGUUUCCGAAUCUUCUGUUCCCCACAGACGCUGUUCGAUGGAUGUCCGGUGGACUUUGACCGGGUGCUGUGCUGGCCGAAAACGGACCCCGGUACCUGGGCAGUGCUUCCAUGCUUCGAAGAGUUCAAAGGCGUCCAUUACGAUGUGACACAGAACGCUACCCGUUACUGUCAUCCGAAUGGUAGGUGGGAUAACUACAGCCACUAUGCUGCCUGCCAUCACGUCAACGAACCCCCGCCGGACAUUGUGGAAAUUUCGUCCAUUAUCUACUACACCGGCUACAUCAUCAGUCUGGUAGCGCUUAGUCUCGCUGUGAUAGUUUUCGUUUACUUCAAAGAUCUGCGCUGCCUGCGGAACACGAUCCAUGCGAAUCUCUUCAUCACCUACAUCCUGUCGGCCUUGCUAUGGAUCAUUAUCCUCACGCUGCAGCUUUCCAGUGGCAACAGUAGCGGUAUGACGAGUUGCGUUAUCUUCGUCACCCUUCUGCACUACUUCACACUAACCAACUUCUUCUGGAUGCUUGUCGAAGGGCUCUAUCUGUACAUGCUCGUGGUGGAAACGUUUUCGGGUGAUAAUUUGCGCUUCAACAUGUAUGCCGCCAUCGGUUGGGGCGGUCCAGCCAUUUUCGUCAUACUGUGGGCCAUCGCCAAGGGUAUCACCUUGUCCGGGCAGGGCAAAACGGACACGCUGCAAAUUGAAUGCUCCUGGAUGCGUGAGUCGGUGGUCGAUUGGAUCUUCCAGGGCCCGGUCUGUGCCGUACUGAUCAUCAAUCUCGUAUUUCUCAUACGAAUCAUGUGGGUGCUUAUCACAAAACUACGAUCGGCGAACACGGUCGAAACGCGCCAGUACCGGAAGGCAUCGAAGGCACUGCUCGUACUGAUUCCGCUGCUGGGCAUCACGUACCUGGUUGUGUUGGCCGCACCCGCCGAAGGGGUCGUCAGUGACAUUUUCGCGAUUGCCCGAGCGUUACUACUAAGCACACAGGGACUUUCCGUGUCACUGUUCUACUGCUUCCUCAACUCGGAGGUACGGUUGGCGUUGCGGCACCGGCUGGAACGUUGGCGGGACGAGCGCAACAUUCGUCUAGGUCAGGUCCGGCAGCGAAGUCGACGCUUCACCAAUUCUGGCUACAAUCAGUCGAAAGAAUGUUCACCGCGUUCCCGCACAGAAAGCUUCCGACCACUAACCUACAACAAGCGGGAAUCGUGCGCAUCAUCGGCUACGACCACAACCCUGCUUGGACCGCACACCUACCCGAGUGCGAUGCGUGGUUCCAACGGUGCUCUGCACAUGCAAUCGAUCGUGCCACGUGCAAUCAGCCCGCUGAUGCAGGGUUUAGAUGAAAACUCCGUCUAAAAGGGAAGAUUUACUGUCGUCGAAACGGAUGUGCGUUCCACCGGACACACCAUCCGUCUGCUCGAUGCUCGAUGCCGGAUAUUCGAAUGGUCUAACAAUGCUGUGCAACGAUGUUACCGUAACCCGCCAAACGUUAGCUGCAUUUCCUUUCCGAUUGGCCUUUCCACGACGGUGAUGCAGUUUCGAUUAGAAUCGGAAGAAAAACAGAAUAGCCAAACUGUUUGUUGAAUCUAAAACCAAGCCAAUAGAGAGAACAGUAUGAGUGAAUCGUGCAAAACGAAACUUAAAAGACACAUUUUAACUCCCGCACGAAGCGUGAAGCGUGUUGGAAGAAAGGAUCUGAAAAGGAAUCUACCUAAAAAGUCGACUAGCAGCAGAAAGCGAGAAGAAAAAAACCAAUAGAAUAUUGUAAUAUUUUGUUCUGUUUGUAAGUAAAACGAAGAAAAAGAAAGGAAAACAUUGUAAAGCAAGAUAAAUACAGUAAAAUGUGAACCACAACACAAAACAAGAAGCUCUAUAUAGAUGUGCUAAUAAAACCUAAACAUGAACAAACGAUAAAA